UUUCCGAAGACGUUAUCAUUCUUUGGGACCUAAUUAUGUUUGGCACGUCGACGGUAAUGAUAAGUUAAAACCAUACGGUUUCGCUGUUAGCGGAUGCAUUGAUGGAUUCUCGAGAAAAAUAUUAUGGUUGACAUGUGGCCCAACUAAUAAUAAUCCAGCAGUAGUGGCAUCUAACUAUAUGAAGGUCAUUUAUGACCUUCGAGUUGUUCCGAUGCGAUUGAGAACAGAUUGUGGAACAGAAAAUGGAAUAAUGGCAGCAAUGCAAUGUGCUCUGAGGUCGCAUCACAGUGACCGUUUUUCAGGAGAAGCAAGUCAUAUUUAUGGGACAUCUACAUCCAAUCAAAGAAUUGAAUCCUGGUGGGCACAGUACAGAAAACAACGUUCACAGUUCUGGAUGGACCUUUUCGAAGAUCUGAAAGACUUGGGCCAUUUCAACGGCAGUCAUGAACACAAAUGUUUGCUACGCUUCUGUUUCACUGAUAUCCUGCAGAAAGACCUAGAGGAAUGCAAGCAACUAUGGAACCAGCAUAGAAUCAGACCUUCCAGAAUGUCUACGUGCCCCCCAGGAAUUCCUAACGAAUUGUACAGUUUGCCUCACAGGUUUUGGUCAAGGGAUUGUGGUUUUCAUGUUGCACAGCAGCAGCUUCAGGACCUGAGGGACCAAUGUGAAACUGUUGGUCUUUGUGGAGAUGAAGAUAUACAAGAUUACCUCACAUAUGUGAAAGAACAAUAUGACCUUCAAACACCACAAGUCUGGGAAGAUGCCCUGGAUUUAUUCUUUAAGUUGAAGGAAAAGACAAAUGUUUGAUAACAGCAAUACAGCAGAUGCAAGCUUUCAGAAAAAGCAAAACAUGUAUAAGUUAAAAAACACUUAGAUCAGUUUUGUUAACUUGUGCAAAAAAGUACUAUG